UUCAGUUACUCAUGGUCUCCUGAGCUCCAAAAAAGUAUUUCUAUUUCAGAUAUCAGCAGCAGCAGCAACAAUGUUUCACUUCUUCAGAAAGCCUCCCGAAUCUAAAAAGCCCUCAGUACCUGACACAGAAGCAGAUGGAUUCGUCCUUGUAGGAGAUACAGCAAAUGAGAAAAGAAUGUCAGGAAGAGGUAAAACUUCAGAAGUAGAAGGCAACCAACCACUGGAGCCAGGGAAGCCAAACCAUGUGAGGUGUAUGAGAGCUGCCCCUGUUUCCAUCCAAACUGCACAUAUGGUGUGGACUGCCAAAGAAAAUUCACCCCAUGUGACUGUAUCAGGCUGUGAGAUGGAAAAUAAGACAGGCCAGACUCUGGAGACCACCACGUUAAUGGCCGAACUCCUGAGCGAUGUACCCUUCACCUUGGCCCCACACGUGCUGGCUGUGCAGGGCACCAUCACCGACCUUCCUGACCACUUACCCUCCUAUGAUGUCAGCGAAAACUUAUCACGCUUUUGGUAUGAUUUCACUCUUGAAAAUUCAGUGCUUUGUGAUUCAUAGUCUUUGUCUGUGUGCACCAUAACAGCUUAAAAAAUUUUUUUGCCUAUUUUAUUUAACCUAUUUGAUGUUCUUUGCCAUUGCGCCAUUUAAAGGUCCUGAGCACAUCAAGGAUCAUAAAGCAAAGAAGGUAGCUCUACGUUCAUUGCUCUAAUUUUUAGGAUAAGGUACCUUGGUAUAAUAAUUGAAUUUCAGUUCUACUUUCUUUCCCCCACAUUGUAAAUAUAAAAAUUACACCAUGAAGGUUUUAUGAAAGGAGUAGAUUCCUGUAGUGGGUCUCUCAAAAUCUAACACCUCAAUUUAUUUUAGAAGUACUGUGAAAAAGAACUGUGGCAUUUUUUAGUUACCACUGAAGUCUAAGCCUAAAGUGAGUGUAAAGUCUCUUCUCUGUCUUGAGGGAAGCUGGAAUUAAUGUUAUUUCCUUUUUUCUUUCAUAGUGUUUAUGAAUGAAUUCAGAAAAAAAAAAUGCCAGUUAAAUUUCUUCAGUCUCACUUUAGACAUAUUGAUGUAGAGAUUUAAAACUUUCCUAAACAGCAGUGGUAAUUUGCUGAUACAAGGAUCCUAUAACUGCUCAGUGCUGUUUCUGGAGUGGUACAUUUUCUUUUUUUUAAACCCGUGGCAGUCCUUUUCCACCCUGGGUGACUCCUGUUUUGCUGUCCUUACCACAUAGGUUAUAGAGAGAUCUGUGUUUUCUUUUCGUCCUUUGCCUCCUACAAGAAAACAUCUUAUGAUGAUCCAUGUUAUCAUCGCUAAUACCCGUAUUUAGGAAUUUAUUGGCCACAUUACAGAUGGAAAUGUUUGACUGCUAGAAAAACUAGAAUCGAUUCAUUUCCAAGUAGAAUGUAGGCAAAAACACCUAAAUAGGACUUUUAAUUCUUGACUAUUUAUCAAUUAUUCCAACUAAAACAGAACUGUUAUCAGUUAAUAAACUAUAAAGGGAAGAGGUGGAUUGUGAUAGAGACUGUUCAUUGAGAACAGUCAUUGAGAAUUUAAAUCACAUACCAGCAACAUGAUUAAUUCUGUGCCAAAUUUUAAGUAUAUUUUUUCACAAAGAGUUCCAUAGUAAAACUAAAUAUUAUUCAUUAAGGUAUAUGAAUUAUUCAAGUUUUAAUGUGUUAUGCAUGUUUAUUUAACAAAUGUGGCAGGGUCUUGAUAAAAAUGCUAUGUAAUUUAAAAGUCAGAAACAUUUCUAUUGACAAAAAUAUGCUUCAUUUACAAAUAAUGUUACCAUAUGAGGUUAAUGAUUACAUUAGAUCUUUACAUAGUUUUUUUCAUAAAACGUCAGUCUUGAAACUAUGACUUAUUGCCAAGACAAAUGUGAACAUUUUGUAGCAGUUUUGUGAAAGUAUGCUCUUCUAAAAUAUCCAUCUUAACAUAUUCUUAAAACUAAAUGUAAGCAUAUAGUCAAUUUGUCUAAUUUCUAUGUUAGGUUUCGUCUGAAAUACUUUUACAUUUCAUCAACAUUUAUGUCUACCAUAUUAUAAAUGUGCUUGUAAGUACCUUCAUUUGUCUCUAAAAAUUGUUAUAUUUAAAUAAAUGUGAAUUAAAAUAAAUAUUUUGAUCAUUUCCAGU